AAAUUCCUCAAAUUAUCCUCAAAACAAUAACAAAGCGAGUACACUGCAUCUACUAACUGCGGCCCCAAGCCCAAAAAAGAAAAAAAUUGCUCGCCGGAUUCUGCUAGUUUUGACGUUUUUCUGGCUGCGCGGCCAUUUUGUUUUUGUGUAUUUUGGGCUUCUUUUUACAAUUUUUCAGCAUAUUUCAUCAAACGAUUUUCUCUUCAGGGCAAUAAAGUUAUUGUCUUUUUUAAUUCUCUGGGAUGACGGAGGUGGAAGAAAUCUCAACUUUACCUUUGCCAGAAGCUUUUCUUGAUUUUCUGAAACAGAAUGGCUUGGAUCCUUCUAUUUAUUCUGCCACUGAUUCUACACCUCGUUAUAUAAGAUUAAAGCCCUGUUAUGAGAGUUUUCUUGAAGAAAUUGAAGCUGAUAUUAGAUGCAAGCUUGAAAGAGUUUGUUGGUUGCCAAAUUUCUAUCAUCUUCCACCUGAUGUUCGAAUUGCUAGUUCGAAGGCAUACCAAGAAGGGAAGAUAUAUGGAAUUGAUGCGGCAUCCGGAGCUGCUGUGACAGCUUUGGACAUUUCAGUUGGGGAUCAUGUCCUUGAUCUUUGUGCUGCACCUGGUGCUAAACUUUGUAUGAUAUUGGACAUUCUUGGCAGUUCGGGCUCUGUGACUGGUGUUGACAUUGCAAAACAUCGUUUAGCGGCCUGUAGAACCAUGCUACAGAAAUAUGGUCUUGGUGACCAUUGUCGUCUUUUUGUUGCUGAUGGGACCAGCUUUUCCCUUCUUCCUGUCAGGGUUGGUUCAGACUCUCCAUUGCAAAAUGAAAAUGAUGUAUUUCCUUCCGGAGAAAAUUCUGAAGUAUAUAGGGAGUGGAAGUCCCGCAGACCAUGGAAAGAAAGGAAGAAGGAAGCUAUAGCGAGAGAAAAAGGCGUCUCCAAGCUAUUUUCAUCAACUCAAGAACCAGAGCUUAUAUUUUAUGGUCGGUAUUCUGGGGUGGUUGGGCUGAGAAAGAAUGAAUUAUAUCAAAAAAGGCCUAUGAGUGAGGUUUUGCUGCUCGGCUAUGACAAGGUUCUUGUGGAUGCAGAAUGUACCCAUGAUGGUUCUAUUAAGCACGUUCAGAAAUUUGAACAGUGGGGCUGGACAACCCUCCAGCGGCGCGUGCUAGAUGCAGAAAGAACCGAUGAUCUGACUGUCCUUCAGCUGCAACUUCUGAUUAAUGGAUUCAGAUUGCUCAGAGUUGGGGGAGUCCUUGUCUAUAGCACUUGCAGUUUAACCUUUGCUCAGAAUGAAGAUGUGGUCGAACGGUUCCUUUCAGAGAACACAUCUGCAGAAUUGCUAGAGAUUACUGCUGCCAAAAAUUGGCCAUGCAAGAGUGGUAGAAUACAGAAAACCUUACGGUUUGAUCCAUUGACAUCUAGUACGAGCGGACUUUUUGCUGCUAAGUUCACAAAAUUGGCCAUUUAGUUGAAAGCCCGGUGCACUAAACUUCGCUACCAUCAGCUGGGGCUGAGGCGUAAUUGUUGUUACAUCAGUGCAGUAUUUGCCAGAUAAGCGCACAGCAGCCAAAUUGGGAUUACCUAAACAACUUCUAUUCGAUUAAAAUGAGAGCCCAUACAUAUUGAUGAUAGCAGUUUUACAUUCACCUUGACAAUAAUAAUAUUGGGACUAGCAUAUGCACUGUAGACGGUGAGAAGGAAAAUUUGUUUUAUCAAAAGUUUUGGAGUAAAAUAGAUUCCUUUUCAUGUGA